UCGCAAAACCAGAGACGGAGUACGGCAGUGUUUAAUCCAUGCUGGAUUGUCCCUGUCUGGAAAGUCGAGAAUGUGAGGGACGCUUUUUACUUUUUUUUAAACGGGGGUCUUCGGCGCAAAUGUUGGUGUUAGGGUGCCAGCUGUUCGCAUGCCUUGGUUAGCUUUGUGUAUGAAAGCUCUCCGGCGCUGGCAAUGUUUUCACGGGUUUGCCAAGCCUUUUUGGCGACACGCGUGAGGGGACGCGCCGUGAGACCCCUGGUGAAGUUGGCGCGCUUCCCGAUAGCUGUCAAGAGAGCGCCGGCUUACUGCGCGUGGUGGUCCAAGAAACUGGUAACCCCAUGCAGACCCAGCGACGUAGCUGACCAUCUGUACUCGGGACAACCGCUCACGGGGAGUCUGCGAGCUGCUGCGACGGAGUGUCGAUGGUGCGCUCCGGGCUGGGAAGUGGCGGCAGCAGCUGCCAACCUACCGCAACGUCUGUACACGACUGGAGCGCAGAAACCUGCGCCUGGCGACGGAGAAACCCCCGCGGAUGAGACGACUAGCUUCAGGGAGUUGUAUGAGAAUCCCUGGACAAUUCCAAACUUUCUGUGCAUGGCACGGAUUGGUCUUUCACCCAUUCUCGGAUACCUCAUUGUGGAAAAAGAGUUCCACUUAUCUCUUGGUCUUUUCGUUUUGGCUGGAGUGACAGAUCUGCUGGAUGGCUAUAUAGCAAGAAACUGGGCCAACCAAAAAUCUGCUCUAGGAAGUGCACUGGACCCCCUGGCUGAUAAAAUUCUCAUCAGUGUCCUUUAUAUAAGUCUCACUUAUGCACAUCUAAUCCCAUCACCUCUCACAGCUCUGGUCAUUUCAAGGGACAUUGCUUUAAUUGCAGCGGUAUUUUAUGUUCGAUACAGAACUGUGCCACCUCCGAGAACGCUGGCCAAGUUUUUUAAUCCCUGUUACGCCACUGCCCAGUUGAAGCCAACGUUUAUUAGCAAGGUGAACACAGCUGUGCAGUUGAUCUUGGUUGCGGCAUCUCUGGCUGCACCCGUUUUUCAGUAUGUAGACAGUAUCUGUCUUCAGGCACUCUGGUACAUCACUGCAACGACGACAGCAGCCUCUGCCUACAGCUAUUACCACUAUGGCAAAAAAACUGUUCAAGUUUUAAACAAGAAAGACUAACAGAGAGUUCUUUUUAUACACUUGAAGGAAAACAAAAGCGUGAUUUGGAAGAUCAUUUCAAACUUGUAAAUACACUCAGACAUUUAUAUGUAGUUUUGAAUAAUACACUUACAAAUGUGAAACACAGAUAUAAGUGGCCAUUCCACAAACUAGAUUGGAAAACUCCACUGAAUAUCUACAUUGGGUCUGUAAACCGAUUUAGAUCUCGACCGCUAUUUGUUUUUGGUUUAUAUAGAAAAAGGGAAUUCUUACAGCUGGUACUUGUUUGACUGGUAGCAUCCUUAUACUUUUAAAUCUAAUAAUUCUAUUAGAUCAGCUUACAAAGUUUGAUUACCAUGUCAAGUGUAAUAGACUUUUAAGAUAUUGCCAUAAGUUAGUGAGCCACAGGAUGAUUAUAUAAAUUUUAAGUAGUGGAAUGCCGAUCAAAUUUUUUUUUUAAUAUAUUUAAUGAAGAAUACUUGUUCUGAUGCACUGAAUUCCUAUGGAAAACUGGUGCUUUCCCAACCUUGAGAAGUCAAGGCAGACAUGACAUGAAACACAAGCCGUACUUGAAUGCCAAGCAUUUUAUCCACCUGCAUUUGAACAAGCGGAUCUGACAUGCUGUUGAGGUCUGUAUGGGCUCUGGGAUGAGCCGAUUCUCGUCAGACAACAGUUACCAGUUUUUAAUUUGGACUAUUUGGUGGUGGUAUCUAUUUUUUUUUUUUUUUUUAAUAUUUUUUGUGGGGUGAAAGAAAAAAAUCUCCAGUAUGUUCAGUCUGUAGAGCAGGCUUUCUCAGGACAAUGAAAUACAUAAUGUGCCUGUUUUGUUUAAUUUCUUCUUUUUAAAUGCCACAAUGAUGAAAUAGUAAGAUUUCUUAUUUUGCUAUACGAAACGGUCACAAUAAUCAGUGUUUGUUUGAAUUAAAAAAAAAAAAAA